AUGCACCCAGCGCUCGGCAACCCCCGCUCGGUCUCGUCCUCGUCCGGCUCCUUCCCGCCGCCCCCCGCCGCCGCCCGGCUGCAGCCCCUUUUCCUCCGGGGGGGUUCCUCCCGCGACCGGAGAGGCUCGGGCGACAGCAGCACCAGCACCAGCACCAGCCGGGGGGGAGGCGGCGGCAGACGCGGCGGGGGCGGCGGCGGCGGCGGCGGCUCCCGCUCCCCCAGCAGCAGCACCGGCGCCGAGCGAGAGGACGACGACGAGAGCAUCAGCAUCAGCAAGCCGCUGGUGCCAGCCACCGCCGCCGGGCUCCCGGGACCCCCGGCUCAGGGGGGCGCCCCAGCCGCCGACCCCGCGCCCGCCGCCUUCUCCUCCUCGGCCGCCACCUCCUCCUCCACCUCCACGCCCACCUCCUCCUGCAGCAUGACAGCCGCGGACUUUGGCGGGGGCGCGGCGGCCGGGGCCGUCGGGGGCCCCGGGGGCCGCUCGGCUGGGGGCGCGGGCGGCACCGGGACAGGCAGCGGCACCUCCUGCUGCUCGUGUUGCUGCUGCUGCGGUCGCCCGACCCGGUCGGGCCGUAGGAGUCGACGCCGCGGCUGCGCCCCCAGCCCGGGGUGCCGCUGGGGCUACCAGGCGCUGUCCGUGGUGCUGCUGCUGGCGCAGGGCGGUCUGCUGGACCUGUACCUCAUCGCCGUCACCGACCUGUACUGGUGCUCCUGGAUCGCCACUGACCUGGUGGUGGUGGUGGGCUGGGCCAUUUUCUUCGCCAAGAACAGCCGGGGCCGUCGGGGCGGCAUGGCGAGCGGCGCGCACAACCACCACCAGCACCACCACCACGCCGCGCCGCCCCUGCACCUGCCCGCCUCCUCCGCAGCCUCCGCCGGGGCUGCGGCAGGGGCCAAGGCGCGCAGCGGCCGCGGGGGCGCCGGUGGCCCGGGGGGCGGCCCGGGGGCUGUCGGGUCAGCGGGCGAGUUCGCCUUUGCCUACCUGGCCUGGCUCAUCUACUCCAUCGCCUUCACGCCCAAGGUGGUGCUCAUCCUGGGCACGUCCAUCCUGGACCUCAUAGAGCUGCGCGCCCCCUUCGGCACCACGGGCUUCCGCAUCACCAUGGCGCUGUCCGUGCCCUUGCUCUACAGCCUGGUGCGGGCCAUCAGCGAGGCUGGCGCCCCCCCUGGCUCGGCGGGACCCCUACUCUUGCAGCCCCAGCAGCACCGAGCCGCCGGCUGCUUCCUGGGCACGUGUCUGGACCUGCUCGACAGCUUCACCUUGGUGGAGCUGAUGCUGGAAGGCCGCGUGCCGCUACCCGCGCACCUGCGCUACCUGCUCAUCGCCGUCUACUUCCUCACCCUCUCCUCGCCGGUGCUCUGGCUUUACGAGCUCAACGCCGCAGCGGCAGCUUCGUCCUGGGGCCAGGCUUCAGGGCCGGGCAGCUGUAGCCGCCUUCUGCGACUGCUGGGUGGCUGCCUGGUGGACGUGCCCUUGUUGGCGCUGCGCUGCCUCCUGGUGGUGAGCUACCAGCAGCCCCUCUCCAUCUUCAUGCUCAAGAACCUCUUCUUCCUAGGCUGCCGCGGCCUGGAAGCCUUAGAGGGCUGUUGGGACCGGGGGAGUCGGGCCUCCCCCAGUCGGGGGAGAGGGGGCUAUGGCGCUCCGCCCUCUGCCCCACCGCCGCCGCCACCACCACCACCACCUCAGGGAGUCUCUCAGCUGGGCCACUGCAUCUCGGAGAAUGAGGGAGGAGCCCAUGGCUAUGUCAAUACCCUGGCAGUGGCCUCCCAGAAUUGAGGAGGGAUAAAGGAGAGGGGCUUACUUUGGGCUUGAGAGACCCCAGCCCCCUAUCCUCUGACCUUCUCUCACCCAGAUUUGAUCAGGCUCCAUUUGGAAAAGGUAACUGUCAAUAGGGCUAAGGGCCAGUGUGUCCUUCUGCACCCUGUGAGUCAAGACUGCUUGGAGGGAGACCAGCCGCUAAUGAUGAAGGAGGAAGGUCCACUUACUCGAUUCUCCCUUCUCCAUAUCCUACUCUAAUCUAGCCUCCAGGGGGCUGGAUACCUCUGCUUCUUGCUUUUCCCACUGCCAUCCUAAUUCCUGUCCAUUGUGGGGGAGCAUGGAGUAAAGGGGGUGCCCAGGCAGGGGGUGCUGGGCCUUAAGCCUUCCCUCUUGCUUGGAAGUGCCAGCUUCUUAUAGGCUGUGGUUAGUGGUCACUGUCCCAUGCCUUGAAGCUGACCCGGAAUCCACUGUUCCCCUAAUGUGUCUAUUGGAUUUUUUUUCCCCCAGAUAGUAGAUGCAAAGUCUGUGUUUGUCUCUGUGUGUAUAGUGUUGUUUUCUUGUGUCCACACUGUGACCCCUUGCAAUCAGUAGAUCUGGGAGGCCCUGCCCUCCCCACCACACAUAUGACCACUCUCUUCAUUGCUACCUGAAUUUGUGGCCCUGAAUUCCCAGAAAGAGCUGGGCUCCUGGGAGUUGCCCAGUUGCUCUCCUCCGAGGGAGAAGCUCACCCAGGACCUUCCUCAAUUCUACUCCUCUCUUCUCAGCUUGGGGAGGAGAGGGUCCCUACUCUAAGGACCAAACCACACCCUUUCUUGGGUGAGUGAGCAUUUCUACCUCCGUGCUUUCAACUUUUGUAGCAUCAUGUGCUGAUGCUGCUUGCAAAAAAUAAAGGCAAAAUACUCAGAAGUUGCAUUCAACAUGGCCACUGGAUCCAGCUGGGGUUUGGUGCCAGUCUUAUUACAGGGUCUGUGGAGUAUCAGCCAUUGGCUUGCCCUCCCUGUCUCCUUCCCUUUGCACCUGGAACUCUUAUCCUUCCUGAGGUUUGUUGCUGACUGGUUCAGAUCUUGGCUCAGAACAAAAGCUUUGGUGGGGUUCCUGGAUAGAUGUGAAGUUGGGGCUCCCAUCGGCUCAAGGAAAUCCAAUUCCCCAUCUGUCCUUCCUCUAGGAAGCCUGGUGUGUAUCAGAAAGUGUGGUGAUGACCUUUGUCCUCGGCUCUGGUUAAGAGAAUUUCUACGGAGAAGGCAGGCUGCAUAGAGAGGCUGGGCAAAUCUUACCUCCGCCCUGCCUUCCUCCCUAGUAUUCUCGCUGAGGUUGAUGACGAGGGACACCCAGGGGUUGCCCACUUAUACUCUCUACGUGGGAUCUCACUCUUGGAAUCUUUGAGGCAGGAUAAGUGUUUUUAGGGGAGUUAUGAGUGCAGGAGGGCAGCUGGCAGCAAGGCCAGGAAAUACUCAUUUUCUUCCACCCCAAAAUAAGAUGGGGUGGUGCUAUAAGAAUUUUUGUUUUCCCCUCCCCAACUUCUUAUGCUUGAGAAGUCUUGUGUGGUUUAGUGAACCCUGGACAAAAGACUAGAAGUCACGGACUGUAGUUUUGACUCUGUCACUCACUAGCUUUGAGUGACAUGUCACUUGCUUUCUGAGCCUCAG